GCAUGAGUUGGCUUUCUUGGCAGUGGAGAUGCUUCUUCACUGUCAGCCAUAUGUCGUGGUCACUUCCAGCAGAAUAUUGGCCAUGGAGAUAGCAAGUUCAGGUUUGUCCGGGUGAGGCCAGUCAGUGAAACUGCUCAAGGCAUCUGUCAAUGGACUACUAAAAGACCAAAUGUGAGCGAGUAGUAUCAGUAGCAGCACGGUAGUGCAUCAACUUCCAGCUUCAUGGCCGAAGCAGCCGAAUGUUUGUUAUGCCUCGGCUCCGAUUGGCUCGCUCCAUGGUCGGCUGACAAACGGCAAACCCUGCGACCUGGAGUCAGUCAUUUGAACCCGUGCAAUGCGCCUCUCUCAACACCUUGAGGACCAUGACACAACCACCCUUCCAUAAAACUAUACCUUCUUCCACCAGAUAUUCUCCGCGCUUUACACUUUAUAAACCUUCUCCCUUCUGAUGAAUUAGCCGAGCGACAUCAUAUAACAUAUCCAGAAUGUCAGCUUCACACUUGAUGCCGACCACGACGUCAUCCGCCGUCUUCUUCAGAGCACUGGCAAUCGCCUCAAGCGCACGCUCUUGUCCUCAUGCCUUCAGGACUUUCUCGUCGACGAAGGCCAUAAGGGCGUCUUCAAAGCGCGAGCUAUACACAGUUCCCUCCUAUCAACCUCAUACUCUCCCCACCGACUUCCCCUUGCCUCCCCGAAAUACCAAUAUUCCAGACACUUCAAUAGCUGGGCCAGAGCCUCGCCUCAGCAACUCAAGACCUCCACCCGCCCCUCAAGCAAGUGACAGCCAACCGGGACAAACCACCGAGACUGCCAGUAUUAGUAUGCCUGAAAGAGAAGCCCAGCAGCCCAGGCCCGUACAACAGCCAAAGGCCGAACCACAACCAAAGACCGAAGAAGCGAAAUCGGCCAAACCCCGGCGAAGCAGGUUAAGACCUCGGAAGGCCGCGAUGACCAUAUCGCCCAGCGCACUCGAACACCUGCGCGAGUUACUCGACCAACCCAAUCCAAAGAUGAUCAGAGUGGGCGUUAAGAACAGAGGCUGCUCAGGACUCGCAUACCAUCUGGAAUUCGUGGACAAACCAGGCCCGUUUGACGAGGUGGUCGAGCAGGAUGGAGUCAAAGUGCUGAUUGACAGUAAGGCUCUGUUCAGCAUCAUUGGCAGCGAAAUGGACUGGAAAGAGGACAAACUCAGCGCUAGAUUUGUUUUUAACAACCCCAACAUUACAGAACAAUGCGGCUGUGGCGAAUCUUUCAGCGUUUCAUAGACAAGCAAGGGGAGUCGAGAAAAGGCGUUCUAAUGGCUAUGGAUUUGCAACGACUUGAUGCCGGGUAUCGUGGGUCUUAUAUGAUAAGAAGGGGGCUAUCGGGCUCUGAGCAGGAUCACUGAAAUACAUUUCUUCUGGCUGAAACAAUCUAUUCGCUACCAGCGCAAGCUUCAAUAUACCCCUUUUUCAUAAUCGACCACUCUGACAUCCUCAAAUCUGGGGCUAUUCUUCUUCACAAAGGCUUGAUGAGCCGGAUCAUGGGCGACAUAGUAGUCCCGAUCUUGUUUGGAAGCAAAUUCCACCACGAAACCAUGGGUAAACCCUCCCUGCAAAGCUCACUCAACAUACUGUACAAUUGGAAAGAUACACGUGAAAUCGCCGUACCUGCGCACCCUCCGGGCUGUUAUCGACGCCGCCUGACGCCGAGACGAUAUACGGGUUGUUGGAAGCUGGAUGCAAGCAUUUGUCUUUCAAAGAGAGCAUAUCAUCGCAGAACUAACGUUCGGUCAGUCACCGGUAGAGUGUUGCGGACGUCGUACUAGUAGUGCAGGUAUUCGUGUUAAACGUACCUCUUCCUUUUCCCAAUCGCUCAACGAGGGCUUGAGUCUAAACAGAACGAUAUGUACGAUUGACAUUUUGAUUGCGGGAUAGAGAGACACAACCUUCCUUGCUGUCGUCUACAAAGAAUGCUUUCAAGGUACUUCAGGUACACCGGUCAAAUGUGUGGUGCGGAUCAGUACAUUAUUGUUGUAUUUACCUAGGUACUUUGUACGAUGUAUAUGGAAACUCGGAUUCCUUUACAUCAUACCAUUUUGUCAGCAACUGAGAUCACAUCGGACCCCGA